CGUAAGGAGCGCAGCUGUCCUUCAGGAAGGGAGGAACUACGAGCAGACGAUUAAAUAUGCGCACCAACUCUUGUCUGCAAAUGUCUAAGAGAAACAACAAUACUAUCCAUUAAGAGGAUUGUUGCAAGUGUUCUGUUACUAAUAAAAAACGCCUAGACGACGAAUAAUUUCACCGUAGAAAUAAGAGAAAUAUAAAAUGGCUAGCAGCUGAAAAUUGGUAUGCUGUGGCCACAAUGUCAAAAAAAGAAGAUUCAGGAGGAAAGAAGGGUUCCCACCAAACUGAACUUUACGCAGAGGUCCCUGCGUCAUGCCUGCCGAUUGUCUAUUCCCCAGAGUACAACAUCACCUUCAUGGGUCUGGAAAAGCUACACCCCUUUGACGCUGGCAAAUGGGGCAAGGUCAUUCGCUUCUUAAAAGAGGAGCAGUUCAUCACCGAUGAGAUCAUUGUUCUAGCCAGGGAGGCCAGUGAGGCGGAUCUUCUUGUCGUUCACACUGCGCGUUACCUGAACAGACUCAAGAACGCUAUCUUGGAGGGCUCCAGAGAGUGGUCGCUGGUGGUUGCCACCAUCACAGAAAUCCCACCUGUCCUGUUCCUGCCCAACUUCCUGGUACAGCGCAAAGUUCUAAAACCUUUGCGGACACAAACGGGAGGAACCAUUAUGGCUGGAAAGCUUGCAAUGGAUCGAGGAUGGGCAAUAAAUGUGGGAGGAGGCUUCCACCACUGCUCCAGUGACAAAGGAGGAGGUUUUUGUGCUUACGCUGACAUCACACUAGCGAUAAAGUUUCUCUUUGAGAGGGUGGAAGGAGUUGCCAGGGCCACCAUCAUCGAUUUAGACGCCCAUCAGGGAAACGGCCACGAGCGGGAUUUCCUGGAAGACAGGCGCGUUUACAUAAUGGAUGUCUAUAAUCGCCACAUCUAUCCAGGAGAUGGAUAUGCAAAGAGGGCGAUUAAACGAAAAGUGGAGCUGGAAUGGGGCACAGAAGACAUGGAAUAUCUACAGAAAGUGGAGCUCCAUUCAGAAGGGGCGCUGAAUGAAAUACGGCCUGACAUCAUCAUAUACAAUGCAGGCACGGACAUUCUUGAUGGAGACCCUCUUGGAGGGCUGGCUAUAUCCCCACAGGGUAUCAUUAAGAGAGAUGAGAUCAUCUUCAGGGCAGCCCGGAGACGAGGAAUCCCCAUCCUCAUGGUGACAUCAGGGGGCUACCAGAAGAAAACCGCCCGCAUCAUUGCUGAUUCCAUACUGAAUCUGCACAGACAGGGUUUGAUUGGUGAAGAGGCUGUAGAGGGUGCAGGACCCUCACAUGUACCGCUCAUGAUGAGCAAAUCUGUGUCAUCGGGGGCCACGUUCAGUGCCAUUUAAACUCUCCUGAUCUUGGACCUUUCAAGUGUGUCAAACACACUGUUCAUUUAUCUAAUGCAAACAUUUAGAACUAAUAUCUAAUGUUCUGGUCAGGGAUCUAAUGGUUUGGUGGUUUGGACCGAGCUUGACUCAGGAUAGUUUUUGUAGUUCAUUGAUUUGAACUAUUUAUUUUUUAGUGAUAGUUUUGGAGUGAAAUUUUGAAAUUGGGUAAUAUUUUUUAUCUUUUACCAUAAUUUCUUAAGGGUAAUUUUAUGCAAUGCUUGUUUGCACAUUCAAUUUUCAAAGGAAUGUUUUACCCAAAAUAAAUUCCGUCAGCAUUUAACGCUUACACUUAUUCCAAAUCUAUUCAGUUUUAUUAUAUGGGAAAAGAACGUUUCUCAUUUUAUGUUCCACAAAAGAAAAACAAUUAUACGGGCUUGGAAUGAUAGAGUUUUCAUUGUUGGGUAAAACUCUUUAAUUGGUGCCCACAAGUUGGGCGUUGGAAGGGAAUUGAUUUCUUCUCAAUUUCAAAUUUAAAACACAAAUCGAAGGGGUACUGUACAUUAAUACAUUCUUUUAGAAAUCCCCAGUUUGAGAUCCACACAAGAAAAAUAGUCCAUUUGCCAAGAGUUGAUUUUAUUAAAGCAUUUGCGUCAGCUGCAACACUAUAUUAGAUUUCUUCCAAAUUUAAUCAUGUCAUUAAGUAUCAAUUUUGGAUGCAUUACAGAUUCAUCAUUGCGUCAACCUGCUCUGCUAUCAUGCCUUUAUUCUGUAACAUUAAAUGGAAGUUAAGUGGAAGUUUCUCUUAAGAUGUGCUUUUGUGACCAGUUAGUUUUAGCAGCACGCAGGAAUUCUCAUUUGUGUGCAUCAGCAGGUGGACCAUUGUCAGGCUGAGUGGUUUCUAUCAUAUUACACCUGGCAGGCUUUUGAAAUGUCUUCAGGCUGAGGCCGGGGCUCUCUCUAUUAGGAAAUGAAACUCUUCAUUGGAGAAUCUGAGAGACACUUCAGUUGGUUACCAGUGACAGUUCUAAAGCCGUGAUCUUGUCUGCCUCAAUUUACGAAAAUGGUUUCGGUCGUCUAGAGAAUAAAUAGGAGAUGAUCACGCUGGUUUCUUUUUUGUUCAGAUUCUAAAUUCUAGUUUGAAAUCUAGAUUCUCAGAUUUUUUUGUUUUGUUAUUGUUUAUUACUCUACAAAAAUGUACUACUAUUGGCAUUAUAAGCUUUUAUUUAAAGAUAUGAUUCACCCAAAAAUGAAAAUUUUAUCAUAAUUUAUUCACCCUCAUGUUUAUAUAUAUAUAUAUAUAUAUAUAUAUUAUUUUAUUUAUUUUUUUCUAAAUUUGCUUGACUUUUUUUUUGUUUUGUGGAAUACAAGUAGGACAUGAUAGGAAGAAAUAUGAGAUGAGAGGAAAAAAUUACAUAUCAGUGCUUUUCAAUGUUCACUCUCAAGACUGGUAAUAAUAUGUGGAAAUGAUAUGAAGUGGAAGGAAAAAAAUCUAUACUGUAUUUCAGUGCUAAUGCAAGUGGAUAUAAAGUUUCUUGGGGGAAUGUUUUGCAAGUAAGUGCAAAGUUUUUCAAGGUGUCCAAAAGAAAUGUAAAGUUUCUUUAAAAGUUUUGCAAGUGAACAUACUGUUUCUCUGGGGACGCAAAAGUUUUUCAAGCAAUUACAAUUUUUCCUUUGGGAACACGAAAGUUUUGCAGAUGAACACCAAAGCACUGAAUGUUACAUUUCUUUACAUCUAAUAUUUUUUCCAUCACAAACUCCUGUUUCUAUCCACAUUUUCUAAAUUAUCUCCUUUUUUGUUCUGCUAAAAAAAUAAAAAUAAUAUAUAUAUAUAUGUGUAUAUAUAUAUAUAUAUAUACACAUACAUACACCAUAAUGCAGGUAAUUAAAUGAAUGUCUUUUAUUUAGUUUUAUUUCAAGCUCAAGGCUGGUAUUCAGAGGGUUGUCUUUGAAGCGAGUUAGAAGUUUUAGAAAAUUGCAUGCACCUAUGGCAUGUUUUUGGGGCAGAUCUAUAUUUCUGUGUGGCUCAUGGCAGAGAAGGACUGCAUAUAAAAUCGCAUACUUUCUAAAUAGGUGAUUCUUUUGAAUAAGUAAUUACCUGCUAACAAUGAAAAAACUAUUCUAGAUAGUAACAAUGUGUGUAUAGUGUGAAUGUAAUUGGGACGUCAUCCAGGCACCAUUGGCGUACUGUUUUAUGAAUACUGUGAAUUCGGACACACUACUUCGUUUGCCUAUACAACAGUUGGGAAGUUUGCGAUUUCAGAUGCGGCAGAAAUAUUUGGAGGAGCUAAUGGUACAGAAACACACAUACACACAUCAUGUUUAACAGUGAAUUAAAAUGUAAGUUUUAAAAUCUACUGAAAUAUGAUUAUUUAUUUAUUUGUUUACAAUGAUACCUCCCUUUCCACAUAUCAUGGUUGGAGACUUAGGUUAUAAAAGUAAAGAGAGAAGAGCGCUAAAUUAGCGAGGUGUUUUCUUUUUUGGAAUGGGAAAAUUUGAGCAUUAUUAAUGUUUUUUUUUUAGGUAUUGGGUUGAAGUUAUGAGUCUCAUAUUGCACUCGGGUGCUGGAGGGAUCUUGGUAAUGGACACUAAUGAGUGUAGUAGGGCUCUUUUUGUUUCCUUUCUUUUUCCCUUAAAUGAAAGGCGUCAAAAGGAUGCGUAUGGAGGUCACUUGAAAGACGUGAACCCUCUAGGUCUAGCUAGCAGUUUAAUGGAUCCGUACAUGAAAAGCACCACCACGGUCCUGCUUGAGCAAAUGACUUUCUGAUGAGUAUUUAAUUUGCAUAGGUCUAAAUAGGAUUUAAAAUUUGAAAUGGUAACAUUUUGUUUGGUUGAUAACCUUGUGUACACCUUGAACACUAAACGUCUUAUGCACUUAUUGUGGUUUGUGCCACUUUAUGAAAUAAGUAUAUUCAAUUUAUUCCUUUGUCUUGAAUUAUUUUUAAUAGGAAAUUCCUUCAAAUUUAAUUAGUAACUCAUUAAUCAUAUCUUGUCUACUUAAACCUGUUUUUAUUUAUAAAAAUACUUCAUUACAUGGGUAAUAUAAUACAUUUAUACAAAUCUAUAGAGAUGGUGCUUUGUUAAGAUCUAACAAAUGUGCCAAAUGUCUUCAUGUUGGGUUUGUCAUGUUGUUUUGUACCUGGAACAUUUAUUUAAUGCCGUUUCCAUGUAAGAACCAGGAAAUAAAUCAAGUCUAACAAU